UCCGUCUCCUUCGUCAUCACCGACCUGAUCGGCACCAAGACUGGUGUCGGCGACAUCGUCGGUACCCUGGGCUUCGCCGACGAGCUCGUCGCCCUCGUGGCCUGCCCGGCCUGGGGUCUGGUGUCGGACAGGCUGGGUGUCAGGUGGGUGUCGGCGAUGGGGUACACCAUCAUCGGCUUGGCCCUGAUGAUCUUCGUCCAGGCCAGGAAUGUGUAUCCUCAGCUUCUUUUGGCGAGGAUCCUCUUUGCCGUCGGUGGUUCAGCUGCAGCCACAAUGGUUACAGCUACACUGCCCUGCCUCACCGAUGACACCGGAGCGGUCGAAUCCAAGGAUGGACCUGACGGGAAGCAGCAGUCUCGCGUCUCCCGACAGAGUAUCGCCUUCUCCGUCGAAUCCGAGGCCACCAUCACACCCGAGCGGUAUACGCGCCUCGCCAGCGCGUACGCCCAGUCGACGACGCGCAGCAAGGCCUCGACCCUGUCGGGCUACGUGGGGCUGGCCACCGGCUGCGGCGCCCUGGUGGCCCUGUCCCUGUUCCUCCCGCUGCCCACGCGCUUCGGCAGCCGGGACGGCGUCACCCAGGCCCAGGCCGUGGCCUACAGCUUCUACGUCGUCGGCUCCAUCUCCCUGGCCGUGGCCGUCUUCGUCCUGUUCGGCUUGCGCAACCUCAAGGGCGAAGAGGGUAAAGGAUGGGGGGUUCUCCUCGGUCUACGCGGAGGAGAAGAAGAGGCGUCGGUCAAUAACGACGACGACGACGACGGUGGCGUCGGCAGCAGCCGGAACAGGCGCAGCCGCUCGCAGAGCCUGGGAGGGACGGCGGGAUACCACUACAAGGCCCGCCGGGGGUCAGCCAUCCCCUACCUCCGCCUGAUGAAGGAGUCGGUGCUCCUGGGGCUGUCGGACUCGCGCAUCGCCCUGGGCUACGUGGGCGGCUUCGUGGCGCGCGCCUCGACCGUGGCCAUAUCGCUGUUCAUCCCGCUCUUCGUCAACACCUUCUUCAUCGGCAACGGCUUCUGCCACGGCUCGCCCAACGACCCGUCUCCGGAGCUCAAGGAGGAGUGCCGCGCCGCGUACGUGCUGUCGUCGAUCCUGACAGGCGUCGCCCAGCUGGCCGCCCUGGUCUGCGCCCCCGUCUUCGGCUACCUGUCCCGCCGUAGGGGGCCGGUCAACUGGCCCAUCGUCGUGUCCACCGUCCUGGGCAUGGUCGGCUACGUCGUCUUCCCGCAGCUGUCGAGCCCCGAGCUCAAGGAUGCCGGCGGCAGGGGCGGCACCCCCGCCAUCCUGCUCGUCGUCAGCCUCAUCGGCAUCAGCCAGAUCGGCGCCAUCGUCUGCAGCCUCGGCUCCCUCAGCCAGGGCGUCCUGACCGUCGAGAUCCCCGCCCACGCCGCCGCCGCCGCCGCCGCCCACGCCGCCGAAGCCUCUAUCGCCCCCGACCAGGACGAGUCCACCGAGGCCGACCCGCUCAUCCGCAUCUCCACCCGCGACACCCGCAUCGAGCGCACCCGUCUCAAGGGCUCCAUCGCCGGCGUCUACUCCCUCUGCGGCGGCGCCGCCAUCCUCAUCCUCACCAAGCUGGGCGGCUACAUGUUUGACCGUGUGUCCACCGGUGCGCCCUUUUACAUGAUGGCCCUCUUCAACGGCGUGCUUCUCGUCGUCAGCCUCCUCCUGGAUGCGGCCCAGACCUAUGGGAACGAUGGUAAUAGGCUGUAG